AUGUCCAAAGUUCGAUCCGUUGGCGAAGAGGUGUGGAAGCACAAGACCGAUAAAAUCAAUUCAGAACUCUUGACUCUAACGUAUGGUUCUAUAGUUGCCCAGUUGGUGGCCGACUUCGACCACGACUAUGCCAAAGUCAACAAACAACUGGACAAAAUGGGCUAUAAUAUUGGACUGCGACUGAUUGAAGAACUUUUAGCGAAAACAGGACUACCAAGAUGUCAAAAUUUCCGCGACACAGCUGAAGCAGUGGCGAAAGUCGGCUUCAAAAUGUUUAUGAAUAUCACACCUACCAUUUCGAACUGGUCGGUAGACAGCAAGCAGUUCAGUUUAGUAUUCACAGAAAACCCGCUGGCCGAGUUUGUGGAGCUUCCUGACAAGCCCAAUGCCCGUGAUCUCUGGUAUUCGAAUAUCUACGCCGGCGUGAUUCGGGGCGCCCUGGAAAUGGUCCAACUACAAGUGGAGGCUGAGUUUGUGAGCGACGCAGUUCAGGACCCUUCGCUGCCUACAGAGAUUCGCGUUCGUUUGGUUAAAGUACUCGAAGAUGAGAUCCCGCCGGGAGAAGAUUGA